AUGAUGUCCUCUAAUAUCCUGUCGCGUUUCUUGCCUCCUACAGAAUCCCCCUCGGUGUACGAAGCUAUCCGCGAGCAUGAUGCUGCCUCCGAUACCUCCGACGUGGAAGAGCGCGCAGGCCUGGCCCGCCAGAUGAACCAACAAGCAGACUAUAGUGAUGAAGACUUGCGAGCUGAACUGGCAGAUGCAGCCCAAAGUGAUGAUGAUACUCCAAACGCAGGCGCGUCGGAUCCACGAAUCCGAGACCAAGCUGGCCCCGGCGGCUCGCCAUCUCGGACUCGCUGGCACAAGUCUUCAAGGCCGCGAUGGUCGAACUCCCAGUCAGGAUCACCCUAUGAGCCAGAAGACCGCGAUGAAGAUGUGCCCUUAUCACUCUUGGUAGAAGGCCUCGAUGAGGAGGGAUUAAGGUCGCGUCUUCCUCCCCCUCCUCACAAGAUGCCGAGUCGACCGCGAACGCCGAGUCCUCAAACAACACCUCCACUGGAGCGCAAUCGAACACAGACACGCCACAACCCUUCAAUACCGGGCGCGAUCAGCGCUCUUCCUUUGGCACGCUGGCUCGCCGCACAACGGCAUACAAGCUUAGGCUCCAGCGAUCCCAAACAAAAAGCCAUGUGGCGAUGGGCGAAUGUGGAGAAUUUGGAUAACUUCCUCAAAGACGUCUAUACAUACUUUCUGGGAAAUGGUUUCUGGUCCAUACUUUUGAGCCGAACGUUGAAUCUUCUGACAUUUGCUUUUGUAGUCGGAUUCACGACCUUUUUGACCAACUGCGUUGACUACCACAAGGUUCGAGGGAGCAAGUCGCUGGACGAAAUUCUUGUCCCUAAAUGCGUGUCAAAGAUGUCAGCGUCGGCUACGCUUUUGCUUUGGCUGCUUAGCUUUUUCUGGAUCAGCAAACUCUUUCAACUCCUCUUAGAUGUUCGCCGACUGAAGCAUAUGCAUGACUUUUACCAUUAUUUGCUCGGCGUCUCUGACCCGGAGGUGCAAAGUAUCUCGUGGCAAGAGGUCGUUAACCGUCUGAUGAUGCUCCGGGAUGCCAAUCCGGCCACAGCCGCCGCAGUCUCCGCCAGACAUCGCAAGUACCUCCACAGUCAGUCCAAACAGAGAAUGGAUGCCCACGACAUUGCCAAUCGCUUAAUGCGCAAAGAGAACUAUAUGAUUGCCUUGGUCAACAAGGACAUUAUGGACUUGACGCUGCCGAUCCCGUUCCUGCGGAACCGUCAACUCUUCUCCAGAACACUGGAAUGGAAUCUGAAUCUUUGCAUCAUGGAUUACGUCUUCAAUGAACAAGGCCAGCUGCGGACCAUCUUCCUCAAGGAUACUCACCGCAGAGCGCUUAGCGAUGGCCUUCGUCGGCGCUUUAUCUUCGCGGGCAUCAUGAACAUCUUUGUGGCUCCGUUCAUUGUGGUCUACUUCCUCAUGCAUUACUUCUUCCGGUAUUUCAACGAAUUUAAGAAGAACCCAUCUCAGAUUGGCUCGCGCCAGUACACACCACUCGCCGAGUGGAAAUUCCGCGAGUUCAAUGAGCUCUGGCAUCUGUUUGAGCGGCGCACCAACAUGUCCUAUCCUUUUGCCAGCCGCUACAUUGACCAAUUUCCCAAGGAUAAAACAGUGCAGCUGGCUCGUUUCGUUGCUUUCAUCUCCGGUGCACUAGCGUCGGUGCUCGCGCUCGCCUCAGUCAUCGAUCCAGAGCUGUUUCUCGGAUUUGAAAUCACGCAUGAUCGGACGGUCCUUUUCUAUCUUGGAAUCUUCGGUACUGUGUGGGCAUUCGCUCAGGGGAUGGCGCCUGAGGAGACUGAUGUGUUUGAUCCCGAGUAUGCACUUUUAGAGUUGAUUGACUUCACGCACUAUUUCCCGUCAUCGUGGAAGGGACGCCUGCAUAGCGAUGAGGUGCGGAAAGAAUUCGCCGUGUGCUAUCAGUUGAAAAUCGUGAUCUUCUUGGAGGAGAUCUUGAGCAUGAUUUUCACCCCAUUUGUGCUAUGGUUCAGCCUACCAAAAUGCAGCGACCGCCUGAUUGACUUCUUCCGCGAGUUUACGGUCCACGUGGAUGGAGUUGGAUACUUGUGUUCGUUUGCUGUGUUCGAUUUCAAGAAGGGGACCAAUGCCAUGACCCCCGGUCGGUCGGAUCAGGGCCGUCGUGAUUUGCGUGCCGACUACUUCUCAGCCAAGGAUGGGAAAAUGCUGGCGUCAUACUAUGGCUUCCUCGAUCACUACGGGAACAACGCUCCGCCCGGCAAUCGUCGUCCGUUCCAUCCACCGCCUGGCUUGCCGACUUUGGGCUCGCCCGAGAUAGGGGCGAUGCCCAGCCGAUUUGACCCUGGCCCCCGGCCGGGUGCACCUGGCGGGCCAUGGGGUCCGCAGUCCACCAUGGCGACUUCGAGGUACAGACCCGGUCUUUCCGGAGACCAUGCCCAGUCGCCAGGGCCUUCUAUACUUCUUGAUCCUCAUCAUCAACCUUCUCGUUAUGGGUUCCGCUCUACGGCCCGUCCCCCACCCCAUCACCGUUCUCGUCUGGCCCGCUCCCAGCUGCCCCUGUCUCGCGCAUUCGAGGAUGAAGGAUCCGCAUCGAGUGAGCCCCGCCAAUCCACAUCACGCCCAUCCGACGGCGCCUUGAGCGGAGCAGCGGGCACUGGGGAAAGCAGCCUGGGUGAUUCAUGGCGGAUGAACCCUCUGGGCCCAGACGACGAAGUGGCCGAAGACGACGAAGACGAGAAUCUUGACGCCAUUACCGGUGGCGGAGGUGUACUGGGGCUGAUCCAACAAUUCCAAAAGGCGAAUGCUGAGAGCAGGCGGGCGCCCAUGGGUCUCUAG